AUGGACAUCUCUUCCAAUACUGUCAAAGAGCGUACGAGACACACCGGCGCUUACAAGAUUCCGGCUAUUGAUGUUUCUGGGUUGAUAGGUUUGAGUUCUCGUCUGAAAGGGGAGGUUCUCCGUAACUUCAAUCAUGAUUAUGGCAAUUUGCUCUCCAUCCUCAACACAUCUUUUGAUCUGAUGGCAUUGAUCACCCUAUUUCAGUUCUAUGAUCCACAGUUGAGAUGUUUUACAUUCCAGGAUUAUCAACUGGUCCCAACACUCGAGGAAUUUUCUUACAUACUCAACAUCCGAAUUACUGAUGAUGUACCUUUCGUUCGAGUUCCCAAGGUCGUGAGGGCUGAGGAGGCGGCUAAGAAAGAGCGUUGGGUUGAUUUUAGUCGUUUGCUUGCUAUCAUGAUUUACGGCAUUGUCUUGUUCCCAUCAAGGGAGAAAUUUGUGAGUUUGUCGGCGAUUUGUGUCUUCAUGAACAAAAACCCCGUGCCAACGUUGCUUGCAGACGCCUAUUUUGCGAUCCACUCUAGAAAUAAGAAGGGAGGAUAUGUUGUUGGUUCUUGUCUUCCGUUGUUGUAUCGUUGGUUUAUGCUACAUUUGCCGGUGAAAGGACCAUUUGUGCUCAAAAAGAGUUCUCUUCCGUGGUCAGAUAGGAUUGUUAACCUCACAUCUUAUGACAUCAGAGGUUGUAUUAGUUAUAAUCCCACGCUCGCUUACCGUCAAUUGGGAUAUGCAAUGGAAGGGUCUCAGAAGCAUGUAGAAGCGUUUGAAUCAGUGUACUUUGCCGAUGGUAAAGAUCCUUUGGAGCUAGAAAAGAUAGCGUCUUCUUGGACUAGAGUCCAUAGGGGAGAUCAAACCACUCUAAGUAAGAAGGUUCCUGUAGCUAUGGGUCCUUACAGGGAGUGGGUCGAUGCAAGAGCUGCAGAUUUGUUGUUGCCAUUUGCGAGGUCGGAUCCAUUGUACGAACAACCUCCUGUGGUCUUGUCUGAUAUAGUUGCUGCUGAGCUCUAUACUCAAGCCAAGACGGAUAACAUCAAACUUCAAGCAAAGGACAAAGAGGUUGGCUUGGAGAGUUAUUUUCGAAAUCAAGAAAAGGCGGAAUUGGCUCGUAAGCUCAAGCAUGCGCAAGGUGAAGGUUCAAGCAUGACACGUGCUCCAAGGCAAUCUCAUGACUUAAUGGAGGAAAGCUUGUACCGAAAACAGCAAGAAUGUGUGAAGUUGCGAAGGUCUGAAAACAAUAGCAAGAGAAAGGUGCAGGAUUCGAAAAAGCAAUUGAUGGAAGAAAAGGCCAAGUCACCUCAACUUGAAGAAGAGCUCGCAAGACUCCGAGCCCAACGGAGAGGAGAUGGAGGAGCUCAUUCUGUUAUCAGACGAUCCUAG